GAUUUGUUAUAGAUAAUAGACUUGCUAAUAAUGUAGUAGGUUUAUUAAAUGUUAAAUUGGCUGAUAAUAAUCCUGAUGACAAUUUCACUGAUACAUCAUCAUUUAUUUCAUCAUUUUUAUCCUUGUCUAAUGGUGCAGCAAGUCAAGAUCUUAAGCCUGUCUUUUUAGCAAUCCUUCUUGCAGCAGGGUCACUAGGAUUUAUUGAUUAA